CACAGCGUCUCGCAAUCGCGUCGCACGCUCGCGGACGGUCUGAUACCGAAGCGAUCGCACGCUUGGGAGCCAGUGGGAGCUCAUCGACGUCCUUGGCAGGCGGCGAGCACCGAUCCGUAUCGCCUGAGGCGCACAAGCUGCCCAACACAACCCAGCCUCUACCAGGCGCUACACGCACAGCAAGCGGGAGAGGCUGCCCCAAACAAUGGGCAAGCACGACGAUGAUGAUGGAGAUGAGAAGGCCGCCUGGGCCUCGAAUAAGAGGUUGAGUGGUGGAGGUGGCAAAGAAGAUGACGACGACGACGGUGACGCUUUGUUAAACCCGGUGGUGAAGGCGUUCUGCCACCACGUCGUGUCCCAAAAAUUCCGCAAAGAACUAGACACGUUCUUUGAUAGUGGAUGUGACGACUUCGAGGAGGCGGACCCCGACGGCGAGCAUCGAUUGGAGUGGACCGAGGCCCACAGUACCUAUGUCAAAAAAGUAGAAAGCAUGCUCGAGACCUUCUGCCAGUGCCACGGGUUGGAUCCCGCGGCCGUGUUCACGAUGGUGCAACGAGCUUGUUCUUCUGGUGUCUUAGAUGAUGAGUUUUUACCAGCAAUACUAAAUGUCGCGGAGUAUCGGUUCUUCGUCGAGCAGAUGGUGUUGAUGGCCCACGAGGACCGGAACCAUGCCCGAGCCAAAAGGUUAGGCGAGUCCUCGUCAGACGAGGCCAAGGGUGACUCCAGUAAUAUCUCGGGGGUCUGGCUACUGUCCACAAAAGAUGGAAAUAAACAAUUGACAGAUGUUGGUAGAGGCCUGGAUCGCUAUUUGAGAGCCGUGGGCGUCCCACCAUCCUUGCACGGCUUGUUCCGCGGGACACUCUUCAGCAAGAAGGGUCUGGUCAUUAUGCAUGAGGGCGACGAUUUAACUCUGGUCUUUGACACGGUGACCGGAAGGCACAAGCAGGUGUUUAUCGUCGAUGGGCGCACUCGUGAUAUCCCGACCAUUGGGGGGACCAGAACACCAUUUACAUGCACGUCGGACGACUACGGGCGCAUUCGCGUCUCGUCCGAUAGGCCGUCCAAUCUCCCGAAGGGCGCGCGCAUCGUCCAGACCUGGCAGCUGCUGGGCAAGUUCCUCAAGUGCACGGCGGAGGUCGAGAAGCCGGGGGGGGUCGUGGCGCACGAGUUCUACUACCGGCGAGAAGCCCCCAAGAAGUCCCGCAAGAAUCCCCCCAAAAGGUCGCAUAAAUAGAAU